GCCAACUCCCCCUCCGGGCUUAUGCCCGCCCUCUCUCCCCCUUUUGCCCGCUUUGGCCCUGCCCCCUCCUCUCAGCUUCUCCGCCCGGGGUGUCAUUGGGCCCGGAGACGCGAGCCAACUUCAGGCUGCUCAGAGGAAACCCGUGCAGUCACCUGGGUGCAAGAGCGUUACUGCCUCGAGCUCUCCCGCUGCAGGGAGGGCGGCACUCGCUGGCCUGGAUGUGGUUGGAUUUAGGGGGGCUCCGCAGCAGGGGUGUCGUGGCGGUGGCAAGCGCUGCAACAGGUAGACGGCGAGAGACGGACCCUGGCCGAGGCAGCUAUGGAGACCAAAGGCUACCACAGUCUCCCUGAAGGUCUAGAUAUGGAAAGACGGUGGAGUCAAGUUUCUCAGGCUGUGGAGCAAUCUUCCCUGGGACCCACAGAGAGGACCGAUGAGAGUAACUACAUGGAGAUUGUCAACGUAAGCUCUGUUUCCGGUGCUAUUCCAAACAGCAGUACCCAAGGAAGCAGCAAAGAAAAACACGAACUACUCCCCUGCCUUCAGCAAGACAAUAAUCGGUCUGGGACUUUAACAUCUGACAUUAAAACCGAGCUGGAAUCGAAGGAGCUUUCAGCCACCGUAGCUGAGUCCAUGGGUUUGUACAUGGAUUCUGUACGAGAUGCUGACUACGCCUUUGAUCAGCAGAACCAACAAGGAAGCGGGAGCCCAGCAAAGAUUUACCAAAAUGUGGAACAGCUGGUGAAGUUUUACAAAGAGAAUGGCCAUCGUCCUUCCACUCUAAGUAGUGUGAGCAGGCCCUUGAGAUCAUUUAUGUCUGACUCUGGGAGCUCCAUGAACAGUGGGGUCAUGCGUGCCAUUGUUAAAAGCCCUAUCAUGUGUCAUGACAAGAGCCCCUCUGUUUGCAGCCCUCUGAACAUGACAUCUUCAGUUUGCAGCCCUGCUGGAAUCAACUCUGUGUCCUCUACCACCACCAGCUUUGGCAGUUUCUCAGUGCACAGCCCCAUCACCCAAGGAACUCCUCUGACGUGCUCCCCUAACAUUGAAAACCGAAGCUCCCGGUCGCACAGCCCCGCACAUGCUAGCAACGUGGGCUCUCCUCUCUCAAGUCCGUUGAGUAGCAUGAAAUCCCCAAUUUCCAGCCCUCCCAGUCACUGCAGCGUAAAAUCUCCAGUCUCCAGUCCUAAUAACGCCACUCUGCGCUCCUCGGUGUCCAGCCCUGCAAAUCUCAAUAACUCAAGGUGCUCUGUUUCCAGCCCUUCCAACACGAAUAACAGAUCCACGCUUUCGAGCCCGACAGCCAGUACUGUGGGAUCCAUCUGCAGCCCUAUAAACAAUGCCUUCAGCUACCCUGCUUCUGGCACCUCUGCUGGAGCCGGUGCAACCCGGGAUGUGGUUCCCAGUCCAGACACACACGAGAAAGGUGCUCACGAGAUCCCUUUUCCUAAGACCGAGGAAGUCGAGAAUGCCAUCUCAAAUGGUGUGACUGGCCAGCUCAACAUUGUCCAGUACAUAAAGCCAGAACCAGAUGGAGCUUUUAGCAGCUCCUGCCUAGGAGGAAAUAGCAAAAUCAAUUCUGAGUCUCCGUUCUCAGUACCAAUAAAGCAAGAAUCAACCAAGCACUCAUGUUCAGGCACCUCUUUCAAAGGAAACCCAACAGUAAACCCAUUUCCAUUUAUGGAUGGCUCAUAUUUUUCCUUUAUGGAUGAUAAAGACUAUUACUCCCUAUCAGGAAUUUUAGGACCACCUGUGCCCGGCUUUGAUGGUAACUGUGAAGGCAGUGGAUUCCCAAUGGGGAUUAAGCAAGAACCAGAUGAUGGGAGUUAUUACCCAGAGGCCAGCAUCCCUUCAUCUGCCAUCGUUGGUGUGAAUUCCAGCGGACAGUCCUUUCACUACAGGAUUGGUGCUCAAGGUACAAUAUCUUUAUCACGAUCUGCUAGAGACCAAUCUUUCCAACACUUGAGUUCCUUUCCUCCUGUCAGUACUUUAGUGGAGUCAUGGAAAUCACACGGUGAUCUGUCAUCUAGAAGAAGUGAUGGAUAUCCGGUCCUAGAAUACAUUCCAGAAAACGUGUCAAGCUCUACUUUACGAAGUGUUUCUACUGGAUCCUCAAGACCUUCCAAAAUAUGUUUGGUGUGUGGGGAUGAGGCUUCGGGAUGUCACUAUGGGGUAGUGACCUGUGGCAGCUGCAAAGUCUUCUUCAAAAGAGCAGUGGAAGGUAAAUGUUCAUGGCAACACAACUAUCUAUGUGCUGGAAGGAAUGACUGCAUCAUUGAUAAGAUUCGACGAAAGAACUGUCCUGCCUGCAGGCUUCAGAAAUGUCUUCAAGCUGGGAUGAACCUAGGAGCCCGAAAGUCAAAGAAGUUGGGAAAGUUAAAAGGAAUUCAUGAGGAUCAGCCUCCGCAGCAGCAGCAGCAGCAGCCACCACCCCCACCCCCCCAGAGCCCCGAGGAGGGGACAACCUACAUCGCUCCUGCAAAAGAGCCCUCAGUCAACACGGCACUGGUCCCCCAGCUCUCCACCAUUUCCCGGGCGCUCACACCUUCCCCUGUCAUGGUCCUGGAGAGCAUCGAGCCCGAAACUGUGUAUGCGGGAUACGACAGCUCAAAGCCAGACACAGCCGAGAACCUGCUGUCCACGCUCAACCGCCUGGCCGGCAAACAGAUGAUUCAAGUCGUGAAGUGGGCAAAGGUACUUCCAGGAUUUAAAAACUUGCCUCUUGAGGACCAAAUUACCCUAAUCCAGUAUUCUUGGAUGUGUCUAUCAUCAUUUGCCUUGAGCUGGAGAUCGUACAAACAUACGAACAGCCAAUUUCUCUAUUUUGCGCCAGACCUAGUCUUUAAUGAAGAGAAGAUGCAUCAGUCUGCCAUGUAUGAACUGUGCCAGGGGAUGCACCAGAUCAGCCUUCAGUUCGUGCGCCUGCAGCUUACCUUUGAAGAAUACGCCAUAAUGAAAGUUUUGCUGCUACUAAGCACAGUUCCAAAGGACGGCCUCAAAUGCCAGGCUGCAUUUGAAGAAAUGAGGGCAAAUUACAUCAAAGAACUGAGGAAGAUGGUAACUAAGUGUCCCAACAACUCCGGGCAGAGCUGGCAGAGGUUCUACCAACUGACCAAACUUCUAGACUCCAUGCAUGACCUGGUGAGCGAUCUGCUGGAAUUUUGCUUCUAUACCUUCCGCGAGUCCCAGGCCUUGAAAGUGGAGUUCCCCGCCAUGCUGGUGGAGAUCAUCAGCGACCAGCUGCCAAAGGUGGAGUCCGGCAACGCCAAGGCCCUUUACUUUCACAGGAAGUGACGGAGACGUCUUACCAGAAGAACUUUGCCUUAAGUUUCCCCGUGUUAUUCCAUACCCGCGAAGGACCCACGAGAUCAUAUUUUUAACAUGUGAUGGUUGAUUCACUCGUUCGGCAGUUUCUCAAGCUUAAACUCAUGUCCAGGGGUUGGAGCCGGGAAAGCCGUUGGACCUGGGUUUGGCCAGACCUGAGCAGGCUAAGGAUUCUUCCCUCUCCGCUCCCCGAUGCUUAGAAACACGUUCCUGUUCCUCUGGAUGAAAAGCCAUAUCUAGUCAAUAACUCUGAUUUUGAUAUUUUAACAGAUGGAAGUUUUAACUAUGCCAUGUAGUUUCUGGUAUCGUUCGCUUGUUUUAAAAGGGUUCAAGGACUAACGAACUUUUUAAAGCUUACCCUUGGUUUGCACAUAAAACGUAUAGUCAAUAUGGGGCAUUAAUAUUCUUUUUGUUAUUUAAAAAAAACACACAAAAAGAAAAAACAUAUACAGAUUCCUGUUGUGUAAUAACAAAACACAUGGCGUGGAACAGGCCUGCUCUGGGCGCGUUCUUCUCCAUCACCGGAUACACACUCUUAGCGUCCAUUUAUUAUUUAAUUAGGAUGGAUAAGAUGUUAAAACAAAUGCCUUGGUUUCGAUUUCUAGUAUCUAUUGUGUUGGCUUUACAGAUAAUUUUUUGCAGUCUUUUGCUGUGCUGUACAUUACUGUAUGUAUAAAUUGUGAAGGACCUGAAAAUAAGGUGUAAGGAACUUUUGUAAAUGAGACACAUAGAAAAACAAAACAAAAAAAAACUUUAAUGGUGAAUAGGAUGAAUGGGAAAGUAUUUUUGAAAGAAUUCUAUUUUGCUGGAGACUAUUUAAGUACUAUCUUUGUCUAAACAAGGUAAAAAUUUUUUUUUGUAAAGUGAAAUGUUAUGCAUGCAUAAUGAACCGUUUACAGUGUAUUUAAGAAAGGGAAAGCUGUGCCUUUUUAGCUUCAUAUCUAAUUUACCAUUUUACAGUCUCUGUUGUAAAUAACCUCACUUAAACCUCUUGGGUUGUCUCUAAGCCUUUCUACUUUUUCUGUACUUUUUGUUCUGUUCUUGGUCUCCCGCUUGUGGUGUUGGAGAGACUUGAGCACGUUUUUCCGGUUUCUGCUUCAUCCUCCUUCCAUCGGGGGACAACACACUGCGGUGUCUGCAGCUCCUUGCAGGUGUCAUUUGACAGCACCCAUGGGACAGAAGGUCCUGGGAGUGCUUUAGCUUUGCAAAAGCUGCCUCUUUCCCCCUUUUCCACAAGCAGCAGAAUCAGCUCUCGGAGGGGGAGACUGGAAACUUGGCUCAGAGAGCACAAUCCUCCCAUUUCAGAAAAUCCAAUUUUUCUCCUUUAGGGAGAAAAAAAAGUCCAUGCACUCUACGUCUGUCAAAGAUCAGAUAGUCACCUCUGAUCCUGGAAAUGGUUCUGCACUCCUGCAACUGGUCAUGGGAACACAUAGAUCAUGGCAGGAUGUAUUGGGAUGAGCUGUCUCGGCAAGGGUCAUUUCAGAAUGGCGUGGAGACCGGGAGAUCAUUAGAGGGUUUUUAGAUUUUUUUUUUAAAGGUAGGUUUUAAAAAUAAAUUUUAUACAUAAGCAAACAGUUUUGGAGAAAAACACUACAGAUCAUAUAAGCAAGACAGUGGCACUAAAAUUUUUAAUUCAUUAAUCUGUUUGGCACUGAUGCAAUUUAUGGCUUUUCUCUUGCCCCAGAUCACAAACGUAGAUCUUUGGGGAAAUGAUAUGAUUGCACUAAAUACUUUGAAUAGAGGCCAAAUUAAUCUUUUAAAAGUGGUGAUGAUCAUCAUCAGGUACUCAGUGAAAUCAUUAUUUUCCAAAACCUAAAAGCUGUAGCUCAAGUCCAAGGCCAGGAGAAGGCAGCGUCGGAUCAACACUUCUCCAGGGUUCACCAUGCAGGCAACAUUACCUUGUGUCUUUCCAAAGACACCUGCCUUAUGCAAGGGGAAACCUGUGAAAGCUGCACUCAGAGGGAGGAGUUUUUCUUACAUAAUUUGCAAUUUCAAGAAUUUAAUUUAUAGGCAGAUCUUUAAAUAAAGCCAACUUACAUGCACAGCAAUAUGAAAGCCACACUCUGAAGGUGAUAAAUACACAGCAUGCAGACUGGGCAAUCCGGGAAAAGAAAUGGCUUACAAAAGCAGCUUCAAGUUCAGACUUCAGGAAUUUGAGCUUAACCAGGUUUGAAGACGGUCUGCAUCAGCUUUUUGUAUUAACAAAGUUACUGGCUCUUUGUGUGUCUCCGGGUAACUUUGCUUGAUGAAACAGCAAAGCCAUAUUCUAAAUUCACUGUUGAAUGCCUGUCCCAGUCCAAAUUGUCUGUCUGCUCUUAUUUUUGUACCAUAUUGCUCUUAAAAAUCUUGGUUUGGUACAGUUCAUAAUUCACCAAAACUUCUUCAUAUAAUUAUAAAAAAAAACACUAAAUUAGUUUAAAAUGAAGCAAUUUAUAUCUUUAUGCAAAAACAUAUGUCUGUCUUUGCAAAGGACUGUAAGCAGAUUACAAUAAAUCCUUUACUUUAAUCA